UCCCCGCCGCGCCACCGCGCCAUUUUGCCGGGGUUUGAAUGUGAGGCGGUGCCGCAGCUGGAGCGGCAUAGCUGGGUACUGUAUAAAGCCAAGCAUCCUCUUCUCCUUUCCCGUAUUACGAAGAGGUUCUGCUACAAUGGAACUAAGUGAUGCAAAUUUGCAAACUCUAACAGAGUAUUUAAAGAAAACACUUGAUCCUGAUCCUGCUAUCAGACGUCCAGCUGAGAAAUUUCUCGAGUCUGUUGAAGGAAAUCAGAAUUACCCAUUAUUGCUUUUAACAUUGCUGGAGAAGUCUCAAGAUAAUGUCAUCAAAGUGUGUGCCUCAGUAACAUUCAAGAACUAUAUCAAGAGGAACUGGAGAAUUAUUGAGGAUGAACCAAACAAAAUCUGUGAAGCAGAUCGGAUAGCCAUUAAAGCGAAUAUAGUGCACUUGAUGCUUAGCAGUCCUGAACAGAUUCAGAAACAGCUAAGUGAUGCAAUUAGUAUCAUUGGCCGAGAAGAUUUUCCUCAAAAAUGGCCUGACUUACUGACAGAAAUGGUUAAUCGUUUUCAGAGUGGAGACUUCCAUGUUAUCAAUGGGGUCCUUCGCACAGCACAUUCAUUAUUUAAAAGAUAUCGCCAUGAAUUUAAGUCAAACGAAUUAUGGACUGAAAUUAAACUUGUUUUGGAUGCCUUUGCACUACCUUUGACAAACCUUUUCAAGGCUACUAUUGAACUCUGCAGCACCCAUGCAAACGAUGCAGCUGCUCUGAAAGUUCUUUUUUCUUCUUUAAUUUUGAUUGCAAAACUGUUCUACAGUUUAAACUUUCAGGACCUACCAGAAUUUUUUGAAGAUAAUAUGGAAACAUGGAUGAAUAAUUUCCAUAACCUCUUAACUUUGGAUAAUAAGCUGCUUCAAACUGAUGAUGAAGAGGAAGCGGGCUUAUUGGAGUUAUUAAAAUCCCAAAUUUGUGAUAACGCUGCACUCUAUGCCCAAAAAUAUGAUGAAGAAUUCCAGCCAUACCUGCCGCGAUUUGUCACAGCAAUCUGGAAUUUAUUAGUAACAACAGGCCAAGAAGUCAAAUAUGAUUUGUUGGUAAGUAAUGCAACAUUUCUGGCUUCAGUUUGUGAGAGACCUCAUUAUAAGAAUCUCUUUGAAGAUCAGAAUACGCUCACAAGUAUCUGCGAAAAGGUCAUUGUUCCUAACAUGGAAUUUAGAGCUGCUGAUGAAGAGGCCUUUGAAGAUAAUUCUGAAGAGUACAUAAGGAGGGAUUUGGAAGGAUCUGAUAUUGAUACCAGACGCAGGGCUGCUUGUGAUCUAGUACGGGGUCUAUGCAAGUUUUUUGAAGGACCUGUGACAGGAAUCUUCUCUGGUUAUGUCAAUUCUAUGCUUCAGGAAUAUGCCAAGAACCCAUCUGUCAACUGGAAACACAAAGAUGCAGCAAUUUAUCUAGUAACAUCAUUAGCUUCGAAAGCUCAGACGCAAAGACAUGGAAUUACACAAGCAAAUGAACUUGUAAAUCUUACUGAGUUCUUUGUGAAUCACAUUCAGCCUGAUUUGAAAUCAGCCAAUGUGAAUGAAUUUCCUGUACUUAAAGCUGAUGGUAUCAAAUAUAUCAUGAUUUUCAGAAAUCAAGUACCUAAAGAGCAACUUUUGGCUUCCAUUCCUCUUCUGAUCAAUCAUCUUCAAGCGGAAAGUAUUGUGGUUCAUACAUAUGCAGCUCAUGCUCUUGAAAGACUGUUUACCAUGAAAGGAUCCAACAACACUAUACUUAUUACAGCUGCAGAAAUCGCACCCUUUGUAGAGAUUCUGCUAACAAACCUUUUCAAAGCACUCACACUUCCUGGCUCUUCUGAAAAUGAGUAUAUAAUGAAAGCUAUUAUGAGAAGCUUUUCUCUCCUGCAAGAAGCCAUAAUUCCAUACAUCCCCACUCUCAUCACACAGCUUACACAGAAGCUGUUAGCUGUUAGUAAGAACCCAAGCAAACCUCACUUUAAUCAUUACAUGUUUGAGGCAAUAUGUUUAUCUAUAAGGAUAACUUGCAAAGCCAACCCUGCUGCUGUUGUAAACUUUGAGGAGGCUUUGUUUAUGGUAUUUACAGAAAUUCUGCAGAAUGAUGUACAAGAGUUUAUUCCAUACGUGUUUCAAGUGAUGUCUUUGCUUCUGGAAACACACAAAAAUGGCAUUCCAUCUUCCUACAUGGCCUUGUUUCCUCACCUCCUCCAGCCAGUGCUGUGGGAAAGAGCAGGAAAUAUACCUCCUCUGGUGAGACUCCUCCAGGCAUUUUUGGAAAAAGGUUCAAAUACAAUAGCAAGUGCUGCAGCAGAUAAAAUUCCUGGAUUACUAGGUGUUUUCCAGAAACUUAUUGCUUCUAAAGCAAAUGAUCACCAAGGCUUCUUUCUUCUCAAUAGUAUUAUUGAGCACAUGCCUCCGGAGUCAGUUGACCAGUACAGAAAGCAAAUCUUCAUUCUCCUGUUCCAAAGACUUCAGAAUUCUAAAACCACCAAGUUUAUCAAGAGUUUCUUAGUCUUUAUUAAUUUAUACUGCAUAAAGUAUGGGGCACUAGCACUUCAAGAGAUCUUUGACAGCAUACAGCCAAAAAUGUUUGGAAUGGUUUUGGAGAAAAUUAUUAUUCCUGAAAUACAGAAAGUUUCUGGACAAGUAGAAAAGAAGAUCUGUGCUGUUGGCAUAACUAAAUUACUAACAGAAUGUCCUCCAAUGAUGGAUACUGAGUACACAAAGCUUUGGACACCUUUGUUGCAGUCUCUGAUUGGCCUUUUUGAAUUACCUGAAGAUGACACAAUCCCUGAUGAGGAACAUUUUAUUGAUAUUGAAGAUACACCAGGAUACCAGACUGCUUUCUCUCAGCUUGCUUUUGCUGGCAAAAAGGAGCAUGAUCCUGUAGGUCAAUUGGUGAAUAAUCCCAAAAUCCACUUGGCACAAUCUCUUCAUAAAUUGUCUACUGCAUGUCCAGGAAGGGUUCCUUCAAUGGUGAGCACUAGUCUGAAUGCAGAAGCAUUACAGUAUCUCCAGGGAUAUCUCCAAGCAGCAAGUGUAACACUGCUCUGAACUUCAUUUAUUUGAUGGGCAACAAUUCAAUAGUGGUUUCCUAUGAAAGGAUAUUGACUUAUAAGCAGAGCUUUGAUAAACCAAUGCAAGCGUCUCCUUUUGGAAAUUAUCACAGAAUCCAUCUUGUAAAAGAUAUUAAAGGUUACUUAAAGCAGAACUUGAGCAAAUUAGGUGGUUUAUGUGAUCAUAGGUAAUGGAAGUGGGUGACUUUUUCCAUUCCCAAUUUGCAGCUUUCAAAGGGAAUAUUAGUAGCAGUUCAUUAUUUGGGAUUGAUUUUGAGAUCCACAUUUGCUGUGUUUGGAUAACCUUUUAACUUUUCUGGAGAGCAUUGCUGUAGAGACUCAUAUUCUGUCACUAAAUGCCUUUUCCUUUUUGAUGCUUUUGUCAUUUUGUAUUUUCUUUCAUUGUGUCUUUCCUCUAGCCUUUUCUUUUAUUUAAAAUGUGGAUAAAUACAGAAUUGCUUGUGUAAAUUGCCAAGCAGUGCAAAAGUGAAUGGUUUUAAUUGUGUAGUCAGCAAUAAAGAAAACUCUAAACUCUA